CAUCCACAAUACCAGAUGACACUACCACAUCCACAAUACCAGAUGACACCACCACAUCCACAAUACCAGAUGAUACCACCACAUCCACAAUACCAGAUGACACCAUCACAUCCACAAUACCAGAUGCUACCGCCACCUCCACUAUAAUAGAUGACACCACCACUUCUGAAAUAGAAACUGACACCAUAUCUGCAUCAGCAGAUAAGACCUCCAAAUUAACAGAUUUCACCACAUCCCCUGGAAUAGAUGACACCACCCGUUAUCCAGAGACAGAUGACACCACGCCACACACUGCAAUAGAUGGCACUGCAGACUUUUUAGGAAUAAAUGACACCAUGUCCUCAGAAACAGAUGUGACCACACCGUAUCCUACAACCUACUUAAUAACAAAUGACACCCCUCUUCAUUUUGCAUCAGGUGACACUACACCAUACCCAGUCGCAAAUGGCACGACACAUGACUUAAUAACAGAUGACACCACAUCCUACUCAGAAAGAGAUGACACUAAACCCUCAGAAAUAGAUGACACCACAAAAGGCACCACACCCUAUUCAGUAAUAGAUGACACCACAGAAGGCACCACACCCUUUUCAGUAAUAGAUGACACCACAGAAAGCACCACACCCUUUUCAGUAAUAAUGACUUAUGGCAGCACAACCAAAUCAGUGACAGAUGGCAACACAACCUACUCAGGGACAAAUGACACUACACCUUACUUAGCAUCAGAUGACACUACCCUCUACACAAGAACAUAUGACACCACCCCGGCAACAGAUGAUACUGUUCACUUUACAGCAACAAAUGACACACUAACAUAUGACACCCCAGUAGCAGAUUUCACGACACCUUCCUCGGAUAAAACGACUACUUCACUAAUGACACAUGACACCGCUCCUCCCACAUCCCCAGACCACAUCGGCAUAAUACCAGAGAGUGACGUCAUGAACACCACAGAAUCAAGUGACAUCGCUCUACCUAGUGAAGUUAUCUCAAAGUUGCCAAGUGACACCGACACCUCCACAUUCCGGAGCGUCAUCGAAACCGCUACAGUUGCCACCGACGCCCACCCUCCCGCGGCAACGAAGGGGACGGGUGUUGCCAUAGCGCCCCCUGCCAUAGCAAUAUCCGAUGACCUGACGACCACUUUGACCAGUGACUUCCUACAACGGACUCGCUCAGUGAUACGAGUCGUACAGCUACGAGUAAUACGACGACCAGUAGCGUUAAUACCACCAAGAUACCGAGUGAUGUUAGCACGACAGUAUCCCACGAGGCGUCCUCUCCACCGCCCCCUGACACGAGCACCUCCGCUACAAGUGCCACUGACCACGCGGCGUCCAGGGGUUCCACUAUUUACACGGUGAAGAGCAACGGCACGCAAUCCAGAACCCGCAGUGAAAUCCCGGUUCGUUCACCAUUCACCACAGAGGAAUCCACCGGCGAUGAUUUUACAAGGACAAGACUGGAAAUGGAUUUAGAGAACCCUGUCAUCACGAGGCCAAAAUUAUUUCCUCCAGAAAGUUCGGUAGCAACCUACAGUGUCACUGCUGUGGAAAGCGCUUCACACACACGUUGUCUGCAAUUGCACUGCAACGCAUCGGCCACCGGAGAAGCAGCUGGUUGUCAGUACUCCAACCCAUAUAAACCCCCGACGCUGAAUGCCUCCAGGUCUGCGCCCCGCCGGCCAAGCCCUCUUCGGCGCGGCAGGCCCUCCUGGGAAAGCCGACCUCGAGGCCGUGCUGGACCCCGGAAA